UUGUUUCCGAGUAAUAAAAGUAGUAGUAGUAGUACUAGAAAUGAGUGUAACUGCAAAUAUUCUGUUAUCACUCAGAGGAUACCUCUAUUUCUAUUUCCAUUUCCAUUUCCCUUUCCCAAAGCAUAUCCAGACGCAAUCAUGGCUGUUAGCAAUAGCAUCACGGCAAUCCUGAACUUCGUGGCGAUGAUGUGCUCCUUCCCCAUCAUCGCCGCGGGCGUCUGGCUGGCGUCGCGCGCGGACAACGAGUGCCUCCUCUGGCUCCGUUGGCCGCUCGUCUUCCUCGGCUUCGCCUUCCUUAUCGUCUCCGCCGCAGGAUUCGUGGGCGCCUACUGGAAGAAGGAGGGCCUCCUAGCCGUCUACCUCGUCGCCAUGUUCAUCCUCAUCGUCGUGCUCCUCGUCAUCCUCGUCCUCGCCUUCGUCGUCACGCGCCCGGCGGGUGGGGCCGGGUUCAAGGAGUACAGGCUGGAGGGGUUCUCGUCGUGGCUGAGGGAUCAUGUUACGGGCGUUGGUAGUUGGGGGAAGAUAAGGGCGUGUUUGGCUGCUUCUCAGAUUUGUCCUAAGCUGGCUCACAAGUUUGUCUCUGCUCCUCAUUUCUUUGCUGCUCAUCUUUCUCCAAUUCAGUCAGGAUGCUGCAAGCCUCCAUUGAUGUGUGGGUUGCAAUACUCGAACCCAACGACAUGGUUGGGGGAGUCGAACAUGGGAGGAGGGUCCGACUGCGGGUUGUGGAGCAACGAUCCAAGCCAGCUAUGCUACAAUUGCGAUUCAUGUAAGGCUGGUGUGCUGGGAAACCUAAGAGAGGAAUGGAGGAAAGCAAACAUAAUUCUGAUAAUCACACUAGUGCUCCUAAUUUGGGUGUACCUCAUCGCUUGCAGCGCAUACAGGAAUGCUCAAACCGAACAGCUCUUCCGCAGAUACAAACAGGGUUGGGUUUGAAUUUGAUCAUAUCUACUGCACUACAAUAGUUUGUAUCAAAGAAUAAAGGGAGCUAGCUAGGUUCCACCACACCACAUGCAAUAUCCAUCUUUCCUCCUUUUAGUUAUCAUUUCAAAAAGACUCAAGCUAGAGAUUCUGUCUCAGCUCUUUAUCUUAUCUACUUCUAGCUUUUUCGA